CAUUAUCUCAUUCUCUGCCAUGGUAAGGCAGAUUCUUCCGCAUUGUUCUCGCUCAAUCUUGUGGCUAUUAACUAAACUAGUAUGUCCUUAUUCCACCACCACGCCCAGCUUUUCCCUAAGUGAUAUUCUCCAACUGGCUCCACCUCCAUUUCCAGCUCAGUUCAACUCCCUUCUCCUCCAUAUAAGAAACCCACCUGCUUCCCACUCUUCAACCAUCAAUCCAAGCACUCCCGCAGUUUCACUACUCACAAUUAAUGGCUUCAAGGAACUCAUCUUCAACCUGGACACAGAAGCAGAACAAGCUCUUCGAGCGAGCACUUGCAGUGUAUGACAAGGACACGCCGGACCGGUGGCAAAAUGUGGCCCGAGCCGUCGGAGGUAAGACGGCGGAGGAGGUGAAACUCCACUACGAACUUCUUGUUGAGGAUCUCAAGUAUAUUGAGUCUGGCCAUUUCCCAGCCCCAGAUUACAAAUCCUCCGGUGCCAGGAACACUGUUACCGAAGAGGAGUCGAGGUCGCUGAGAUACCUAAAGCUCAACUGAAUGAGGGCACAGAUGUGCUCAGUUUUAAACCCAAUGCCUCUUUUUUGUAUCCACAUUGAAGCAAAAUUACUAAAAGAUGAAGAAGAUGAGAAGGAACUAAGAUUGAGGAUCUUCAUCGUUCCUUUCGACAUAUAUGUAAGGGAAUAUGCCAAAUCAACAUGUUCGGGUUAAUCUCAAGCAGUUGAUGUGUGCCUUAUGUUACAAGUCUUGUCUAAUAAUAUGUUUGCAUGCUAAGAUUCCAGAUAAGGUGUCAGUAUGGAAUAAGAAAGGAUUGUUGUCGAUCUUUAAAGUUGGAUUAUUGUUCGUUAAA